AAUUUUUGGUAACCACUGGGGCUGCUGGAGAAGUGUUCAAGAAAUUCAAUAUUUAGCAAAAUAAAAACUGAGAAGAAACCACUAAUAAGAAAUAUUCAGGACAACAGUUAAAAUAGGGCACGUCGAACCUUAAUUAGGAAUGUAGGCCAAUGCUCCCAAAUCAAGACAUCUCCAGUGUAAGAGCACUGAAGUUUGGAAUAAACUUUAUUUGUGGAUAUUUCCCUUUCCUUUGUGAUUGGCUAAUUACUUGUUGCAAGAACACAUUGAGCUCGAGUUAUACAUUUUGUAAGCUUUUUGCUCGUUCAAAGGAUCAUUUAAUCUGAUGGGAGAGAAUGUGGUGGUACCGGUGGACACCGCCCUGUUAAUUCAUGUGCAGUGAAAAUAAUGCCGAGGCUCCCUGGUUGGUGUACAGUGCAUUGUUGUCAGCUCGGCAUUUGCAGAAGGUACAUUAUACAAUUUACACUGUCAGCAAUCCCCUCGCAGGUUGGCUCCAAAAAGAAACGCACACCCACAUUGCUGAAUGUAGGCGGCCAGCAGGAGUCGCCUGCGGAAUGGCAAAGGGAGUGGAUACCCAAAUCUUACACAACCUUCGGUCGGGGAAAAAAUAUGUUUUUGUGUCCCCGAGGAAGUUCCCAUUGCAGAUUAAUCUUUCUCUCUCUCUCUCUCCGGUCGCGCGACGUUUGCAUUUUACAAUCUUGGGUUGCAAAGAUAACCAGGCACAUUAAAAGAAUCCCCACCAGCCAGUGGAUCCGGUUUGCAUGAAGCCUGCAACCUUGAGCUGACUGUACAAGAGCUACCGUGUGUGUGGGAAGGGCUGGGGAUCAUGCGCUUUGUCUAGUGGCCGCCUCCUUGUCCCUCCCUCCAGCCUGACUGCUGGGGCUGACAGAGCGCUUCUUAGUGUUUGCACCGAGCAGUGCAGCAGCACGUUUAGCUCUGUUAGCAAGGACACGCGCUUUUAAAUGUAUAAAUAUUAUAUGCACGAGAUAAAAAGAAACAACUCCUAUCUAUAUGCAUAGGUACACACAUCCACACACGCUGCAUUGGGACACAUUCAACAUUUCCACAGGAGGAUGGCGGCUGUGACCACCAGCAGCAGCAGCAGCAGCAACAACAACCCCAGCUCGGCAUUACAUUCCAGCAGCAGCACUGAGCCCAGCACCAGGAAACGGAUAGACCCGAGGAGGAGGCAGGCGGCACUCAGCUUUCUCACCAACAUCUCUCUGGACGGACGCCUCACUCAGGAUGAGGAGGCUGAGGAGCAGGAGGAUGGGGCCGGGGCGAGUGGGCUCACCAGUAGCAGCAGCAGCAGCAGCGCCGGCGGGGGCGGGGGCGGCACAGCGCCGCUGCCUCUCCGGGCUCCAGGCGGUGCGGCUGCUGUCGCUCCAGCCGCCGCCGCCGCCUCCGCCUCCUCCCCGCUGCCUCCUCCCGAUGAGAACGCGGCGCUGCUCCCUGCCGAGCCCAGGCUCCAGCCGAGCGGAGCCUCUGCAUCGCCUCUCCCCGCCCCGUGUGCUCCUGCAGGCGGCGGUAGCAGGGCAAGGAUCAACUCCUUCACUCAGGGAAUACUGCCUGCUGCCUUCUUAAGGCAGGCAUCAGUCCCCAACUACUACCUGGAGCAGGGACAGAUGGGCAGCAGCACUUUUGAUUUGCAAAGAUCCAGGUUGGUGCAUAAGCGUUAUGAGGAUUUUACUGUAUGCGUACUGUUUUAUAUAAUAGCAUUGAAGUUUUUUAAAUAUUAAAUUGAACUUCUUAAA